AGGCCUAAAAGAGCCAUAGAGAAGAGAGUAGCUCUUGGACCAGUCCUACUACUUCUGCUUCAUCUCACUCACAUUCUGUGUUUCUCUCUCUUCUCCUUCUUACUUUCUCUCUCUAACUCUGAAAUAGAGGAAGCAGUGUUAAUUAGAGCUAGUUUAAUGUUCACCCACCCUCUUCUAUACACAAUAAGAAUAAACAUUUUUUUUUAAUAAUAAUACAUUUUUCAUUUCUAUUCUUCCCUAAUUCUGUACUUAUUCUAGAUCUAUUUUCACUUUUAUUCUUACUUGGGUUUUCUUUUUUAAAUCAAUAUGAGUAAAGAAGAGUUCUUGAAGAUUCAGACUUGUGUUCUUAAAGUAAAUAUACAUUGUGAUGGUUGCAAGCAAAAAGUGAGGAAAAUCUUGCAGAAAAUUGAGGGAGUGUAUAAGACAAAUAUAGAUGCAGAACAAGGGAAAGUAACAGUUUCUUGUAAUGUAGACCCAACAACACUCAUCAAAAAGCUUAAUAAAGCUGGUAAACAUGCAGAACUUUGGGGUGCACCUAAACCCAAUAACAAUCUUAAUCAGUUGAAAAAUUUUGAUAAUGGGAAAGGAAAUCAUAAUCAAAAUCAAAACAACAAAAAUCAAAACAUGAAAGGAGGUGGACCCCACCAAAAUCAGCCUAAAGGUGGUGGUGGGGCCCAUCAAAAUGUACCUAAAGGUGGUGGUGGUGGUGGUGGUGGUCCAAACAUACAACAGUUGCAGCAGUUGCAGCAACAAAUGAAAGGGAUGGGGAUGGGAGAUCUGAAAAUGGGGCAACAAUUUCAAGGUAUGAAGAACCCACAAGUUAUUCAACAAGGGGGUGGUAAAGGGGUUAAGUUUAAUGUACCUAUUGAUAAUGAUUUAGAGGAUGAUGAAUUUGAUAGUGAGGAUGAUUAUGAUGAUGAUGAUUAUACUGAUGAUGAUGAGUUUGAUGAUGAAUUUGAGGAUCUUGGUAAGAUGAAACCUAUGGGUAUGGGUGGUGGUGGGGGAGGGGGUGGGGGUGGGGGUCCGCCGCCUAAUUUGAUGAUGAAUGGUGGUGGUGGUGGUGGGAAUCCUAUGAUGAAUCCUCAUUUAAUGAAUGCUAUUGCGCAAGCAAAGGCGGCUAAUGGUGGUGGAAAUCCUAUGAUGAAUCCUCAAUUGAUGAAUGCUAUUGCGCAAGCAAAAGCGGCUAAUGGUGGUGGUGGUGGUGGUAAUAACAAUGGUAAAAAAAGUGGUGGUGGGGGAGGAGGGAAUGUCCCGGUUCAAGCUAAUGCAGGUAAAAAGGGCGGUAACGAAGGAAAUCAUAAUCAGAAUCAAGGUGGUGGUAAAAAUAAUGGUGGUAAACAAGGUGGCGGGCCGCCUAUGCCCGGAAAUGGUGGGAAAAAUGGUAAUAAUGGACAACAUCAAGGUGGUGGUGGGAAUAAUAAUGUUGGUGGUGGAAACAUGAUGAUGAUGAAUGGUGGGGGAAAGAAAGGAGGAAAUGGGAUGAAUGAUGGAGGAUUACCAUCUAAUCAUCAUGGCAUGGUUGGAAAUGGAAUGAAUAAUAUUCCAAAUGGAGGAGGAGGAGGGGGUGGAGCAGGAGGAGGAGGAUUCAAUCAUGCUAUGGGGGGCAUGCCUGGUGCCACUCAUCAUGUGAGUGGUGCCCACAACAUGGGCCAAAUGCCCCCAAUAGCCCAAAUGGCUAACAUGCAAAUGGGUCCAAUGGGCUCAAUUCCGGCCGUUCAGGGCCUACCAGCAGGCACCGCCACACCCGCUUACUUCCACGGUGGCCCACCACCUGAAAUGAUGGGCCAAAACCCAAACCCAAAUAACCCGUACCACCAACAAAUGUUAGCUCAAAUGAUGAUGAAUCAACAACGAACCAACGGUAAUGAGCGUUUUCAACCCAUGAUGUAUGCACGACCACCACCGGCCAUGCAUUAUAUGCCGGCUUACCCGCCCGUCGACCCUUAUACACACUAUUUCAGUGAUGAAAACACAUCAUCAAGUUGCAAUGUUAUGUGACAAAAAUAUCGAAAAAAAAAUGUAAGUUAGACGUGUGGUUAAAGGCUUGCUUGGUCAUGAUCCGUGAACAAGGCCAAUGUGUAGUUCUGCUCACAAGGGGACAUGCAGAAGAAUCUAUGAUGAUAAUUCACUCCAAAAACAUGACUCUAUAUAUCAUGCACCCCUUUGUUUUUAUUAGCUAAGUUAUUUUUUAUAAUUUCACUUUCUUAAUUUUCACAUUUUAUUUAGUUGUAAUUUUAUUUGAGUUAUCAUAGAGAGGAGGGUACGUUAUAUAUUAUAUAUAGAUAAUUUAUAUAAAUGCAAAACAAGUUUGUAGUGGAUGAUGAUAAUGUAAACUUUAGGAAACGAUGAGAAAACAAAGUCGUUCAAUGUUUAUAUUUGUUUAUAAUAAUGUCUUUUUUAUAUAUAAAAAAAAAUACCCCAUAAUAAUUUAAAAAAAAGAAAAAGAAAAAUGGGGUAUUAACAAUCUCCCUCUCA